UGAAUGCUUCGGCCUUCUGGGUGUCAACGGUGCUGGGAAGACAUCUACGUUUAAGAUGCUAACAGGAGACGAAUUUAUUCCGAUGGAAACGCUCGGUUGAAUGGACAUGAUGUUAAAACAGAUGUCACUUCGGUCCAAGCAAAUCUGGGGUACUGCCCACAGUUCGAUGCCCUCAUCGAUCAACUGACUGGCCGGGAAACUCUCUCUAUGUUCGCAAGACUCAAGGGAAUAACAGAGAAGCGUAUCUCAACUGUAAUAACUGAACUGAUGAAAUUGCUAACAUUGGAACAGUAUGCUGACACCCUUGUAGGGAAUUACAGUGGCGGGAACAAGCGGAAGCUGAGUACAGCCAUUUCUUUGAUCGGAGAUCCACCAGUCAUUUUUCUGGAUGAGCCAACGACUGGCGUUGACCCGGCUGCUCGUCGUCAACUGUGGAACGUUUUAUCCGAAAUACGGGCGUCAGGCAGAACCCUCGUUCUAACGUCACACAGCAUGGAAGAGUGUGACGCUUUGUGUACUCGGAUCGCCAUCAUGGUCAAUGGUCGGUUCUUGUGUCUUGGAAGCCCUCAGCAUCUUAAAAACAAGUUUGGUAAGGGAUAUUCUCUCAUAGCUCGGAUAGCGGAUUCGACCAAUGAUCUCCUUCUGCAAGACUUUCUAAGGUUUGUCGAAGCCACUUUUCCAGAGAACGAAAAAGUGGACAGUGGAAAUGGUUACGUCAACUACCAUUUGAAGGACCCUUCCAUACCAUUAGCCUUUAUAUUUGGAACAAUGGAAAGAGUUAGGACAAAGUACAAUAUCGAGGAUUAUUCGGUUAGCCAGACAACACUUCAGCAGGUUUUUGUGGAUUUCGCGAGAAAACAAGUUCCACCAAGGGAAGACAAGUCUGGUUUUUGUAAACGUGUUUGCUGUUGCUGUUCGAGUUAACACAUCUGACAGACAUGGACCGUUCCAUUAACCUAGUUUUAUGUUCAUGAUCCACGCUGCAUUACUUGUCGAAUUUAUAAGUCUGAGUUUUCUCUUGUAUAGAUUCUUCGUACUGUUCAUUUAUUGUUAUGCUUAUACAUGUACGUUGCAUAGGCUUAUAUCCAUUCGCCUUUCUAUUUUUAUCACUUUGUAAAUUUAUUUUUACGUGUCUGUGCAUACUUUCUUUCGUAUAUAUUUUUUUAUCCAUUUGAUCUGGUUUCUUUUGAACACGACCACACUGAUGAGAGACUCGUGGGUCAUUAUGCCGCGUUGGUACGCUAAGCAGCUCGGCCACGAAGACCCUCUGUCUAUUUAAAUUGAAGAAAUAUAUUUAUUCGUAAAAUUUAAUAAUAAAACAAACUUUCAACUUAAUCUUCAUCUAUCUUAUUUAAAUGUGUAGGCCUAUUAUUUGCUAAAUAAAAAUACACCAGUCAUA